AUGGAAUCUAUAGUCUCGGGAGCAGUUGUCGGUUGCCUCUAUGCCCUCUUUUCUGGUCAACCGCUGACCAUCAUGGGCAGUACCGGCCCUGUCUUGGUCUUUGAGAGCAUCAUCUUCCGUCUCUGCACAAGCUGGCGAUGGGCCUAUCUAUCCUUCCGUUUCUGGAUCGGCAUGUGGACUGCCCUCCUCCUGCUCAUCAUGGUGGCCUUUGAUCUCUCCGCGCUGGUUCGUUUCAUCACACGCUUCACUGAGGAGUCUUUUGCCCUGCUGAUCGCUCUCAUCUUUAUUGUUGAAGCCUUCCAGAAGACUUACGCCAUCUCCAAGGUCUACCCCGUGAACCUGUACGUUGCUGUGUGA